AUCAGUCUACUGAGUGAGAUCGUAGAGUGCUUUGGGUUAACGUUUCUCUGCGAAAAAGUCGCUUAUUUUCACAAAUCACGAUGAGAAUUAAGGUUAAAUGUAACCGUUUCCGUAAAAGUAUUCGUUUUCUAACACAUAUUUGUUUAAUAUUUUAAAAAAUUCUAUCGAAAAGUGCGUUAAAACCGGCAAAAUGUGGUGGAAUAUAGGUUAUGUUUGUCUAUAAGGGCGAUUGUUGUGCGUUUUCGACGAUGGGAGAGUUUUAUAACUUGGCAUUUUAUUUUAUUGCUUGAGUUUUAGUGUCGAAAGGAAUUUUUUCGUAGUGAAAUUUACGUAGUGAUGUCGAAUGUAUAAGCUAUUUCCACAAAAUUAAGUGUUUGUUUACAAACGGUUUGUUUACAAUAUUCCGAUUCAGAAAACAUAUUCGAUAUGCAUUUUAUUACGUAUAUGAUGUGGGUAAAAAUUCGCGUGAAAAUUGUCAGUGAGCUGUGAUGUUUAAUUGUCAGUGUAAACAAAGUAAUGUGUUCGUAUUAGUGCUUAGUGAAUUUCUUUUGGAUUACAGUGUUUUUUUGGAUUACCAUGAGUUUAUUUUGGAGAAUUUGAAUACAGUUUAAGGUAUUAUCAGAACGACAUGGAGCAGCAGCAAAUAAAACAACGACCAGAGAAGAUAAAACUGACAGAGAUAAACCCGUAUCUGACGUGUUAUCUCUGUAAGGGAUAUUUAAUAGACGCGACGACGAUAUCCGAAUGUUUACAUUCGUUUUGCAGGAGUUGCAUUAUCAAGUUCCUGCAGGACAACAGCUACUGCCCUAUUUGUGAGGUGAUCAUCAACAAAGCCAAACCCAAUUUGAAAUUGGACAAAACUCUUCAGGACAUCGUGUACAAAUUAGUACCAGAACUGUUUUUGAAGGAGAUGACGCGCCGAAAACAAUAUUAUCAGCAAUACCCGCAAAUAGCAGCAAGAGUUUCCCCAGAAGAACGUGGUGAAGAUACGGAAAGGACCAUUUUCAACCCACAAGAUUGCAUUAGUUUAUCCAUGGAGUACGUGAGUUCGGAUUCUUCACCAGGAGCUAUAAAACUACCUGGUAUAAAAAACGACGUUGAUAAAAACGACGAAAUAUCUAUAGAAGACAACCAAACUCACAUGAAACGGUAUUUGCAGUGUCCAGGGAUGUGUCGAGUUGACGUAUUGAAGAAAUUUGUUAGAAAUAAAUAUAAUGUAGAUACCAGUUUGUUUUACAUUGACAUUUUAUAUAAAAGAGUACCUCUUCCCGACCAUUAUACUUUGAUAGAUAUCGCUUAUAUCUAUUCGUGGAAAAGGAACGAACCGAUGAAAUUCUUUUUCCGCAUAACCGAUUUGAAUAAAGUCUCCGAACGAUUCGAUUAUUUCGAUUCCAAAAAUACCAACGAAACGUUGGUACAAUUACCUUUGAGAUCUUCCAGAAACAAUGGAGCGGCUUCUAGAAGAAAGGAACACGUUUUGAACAAGAAAAAUUCGAAAGCGAUCAAACAACAAGACAACAAAGUGCAAAGCAACGGUUGUGAUAAAAUAAACACAAAAAUUAAAGCGGAAACAAGUGAUUGUGAAAUUAAUAGCGACAAAAUCGGCGAGCAACAAUUAAAUAGUAACAAAGAAAAUGUUAAAGUGAAAGAAGAAACUAAAAUAAACAGUGAUAAUUAUCAAGAGAAUACAGAAGAAAGUACGAAACGUUUCGUUUUGAAAAUAAAGAAGGAUCCCGAAAAGGAUAACGCGAUAAAAGAAGAUAUAAGUGUUAUAAAUACAAACGAAAUAAAAAAUAGUGUAGUGAAACCGGAAGUAUCGGGACAUUUAAAAAAUAACGUACAAAAUCAAAAGAAUUCCGUUUAUACGAAUAUAACGCUGAAUAGAAGCAAUAACAUGGAAAUAAUCACGAAAAUUCAAAAACUUUCCAAUAAAGACGGACAAUCUCUCGGUUUUAAUAUAAUAAAACAAACAGUUAAAAGCAACGAUAAUAAUAAAAAACUCGAAACAGAAAACGAUAGUACGGAAAACGAAGAAAAAAUCAAAUUUUUGAAAACGUUCGAAUUAACCGCAAAAACUAGUCCGAAAUUAAAAAAUAAAGAAGAAACGACAAAAAGAAAAAUUUCGAGUCCCCCUAAACGAGAAUCUCCUUUAAAAAAAUCAAAAACGGAAAAGAAACCGGUAACGAGAAUAAUAUUACAAAACAAACCGAAAUUAUCAACGCCCGGUUUACAAUCUUUAAUAGAAAAUUGCAAAAUACCAUCUUCGUUAUCAAUAACAAUAAAAAACGGUACGGAAACGAAUAAACCCACCCCGAUGAUACCGCCGGUGAAAAAUUACAUCGAAAUAUUAAAAUUACCCGACGAAACUAAACCGAUUAAAGAAGAUACGAAUUUCCGCAUAAACGCGGAUAGCGAACAAAAAGUCGACGAAGAUUUGGCGGAAAUAGCGAAAAGUUUAACCGAAAAAAUCCCGAUAUCGACGACGGUUUCCCAAAUAAUCGGACCGAAACAAGAAUUUUCCAUUCCUACGAAACCGACUAAAUUCAAUAUACAACCAUCACCAGUACCUGAAUUAACCAACAAACUCCUCAACGUACCGAAAGAAAAUAAAUUGAAUCCCAGAUCGCCGCAAUCAUUUCAAAAAAUAUUCGAAGAAUCCAUUAAAAAACCGGAUAUUUCGUCGCCGGAAAAAGAAUCUAACAACGAAGUUACAAGCACUUCUAAUAAUAAUAAUAAUAACAAGAGGAAUUUGAUGGAGAUAACGACGAAGUUGUAUAAAAAAACGAAAAUGGAAAUGGAGAAGAAUCAAAUAGAUUCGACGACGACGACGACGACGACGAUGACGACGACGACGACGACUACACCUAAAAUACCGAUACCGAGAUUAUCGAAUAGUAAAAAUUCGAUAUCGGACGCGGUGGAUAAACGGAAAUGUCAAACUACUUUGAACAAUUUACAUUCGAACGCCUUAGGAUUGAAUUACACGAUAUCCGUUGGUCCGAGUAAAGGCGGCGCUGUUACCAAAAAAGACGAAGCGUCGUCGUCGUCGUCGUCGUCGUCGUCGCCAAAAUCGUCGCCGAUGAUAAAACACAUGUACGCCCCGAUGAUGGAACAAUUGAAAGUCAACACUUACUCCCCGAAGUCGAAUAAACCCCCGUCGGGGCAUUUAGCGACUUCGAGCGUAUCGCCGCCGAAACCGUCGUCGAGUAGCAGCAGUACUUCGCAGACGACUCCUCUUAAUCCUAAUCAGAUAUUGGAGAGAUACAGUAUCCAGAAUUUGGCGCAAUUGACGGCUAAUUUGAAUUACGGUUUGAAUCAUCCCGGUAAUCAAUUGGCGGCUAUACAGCACGCGAUGUUUUUGAAACAUUUCGAAAUACAAAAUAGACAGAAUUGGUUGAAUAUGAAUCAGGGUUCGUUGAUGCAGUACGAAAAGUAUUUGCAGAAUUUGCAGAAAACUUCGCAGAAUCAUUUGUUGACUAAGGAAAAUUGAAGCGGUUCGGUUCUAGUUCGUUCGUUAGUCUCGUUCGUUUAUUUUAAUUUAUUCUUAUUUUUUUUGUGUUUCCAUUCUAUAGGUAAAAUUUUUUGAUUAUCGGCUUAGAAAAUUUAACUAAAUGUCGUGUAUCCGCGUUUUCUUUUUUCAAAAUUAGACAAAAUCGUUUCUUAUUUCGUCAAAUUCUUAUUAAAGUCUAGAAAUUUCUUCCGUUUUACAGUCUCGAAUCUUUUACUUUUAAUUUGAUGGUUUUUGUUCCCUUUUCUUUAACUUUUCUUCUUUUUUUGCAAUUGUUGCUUCAUCUUUUCGAUUUUUACGAGAUUUGUUCUUGUUUAUUCCUCCUUUUUUUGCUUUUUCUAUGUGUUUCCAUGUUUUUUUUUCUCAAAUUGAGUUAAAUUCGUUAUGAUCUCGUGGAGUUCUGAGUAAUGUUUGAAAAUAUUUCUCGUUUUCCAGUCUCGAAUCUUGUACUUCAAUCUCGUAUUCAUUAAUUUAUUUGUUUUUGUUCCAUUUUCUUUAACUUUUCUUCUUUUUUUGCAAUUUUUGCUUCAUCUUUUCGAUUUUUACGAGAUUUGUUCUUGUUUAUUCCUCCUUUUUUUGCUUUUUCUAUGUGUUUCCAUGUUUUUUUUUCUCAAAUUGAGUUAAAUUCGUUAUGAUCUCGUCGAGUUCUGAGUAAUGUUUGAAAAUAUUUCUCGUUUUCCAGUCUCGAAUCUUGUACUUCAAUCUCGUAUUCAUUAAUUUAUUUGUUUUUGUUCCAUUUUCUUUAACUUUUCUUCUUUUUUUGCAAUUUUUGCUUCAUCUUUUCGAUUUUUACGAGAUUUGUUCUUGUUUAUUCCUCCUUUUUUUGCUUUUUCUAUGUGUUUCCAUGUUUUUUUUUUCUCAAAUUGAGUUAAAUUCGUUAUGAUCUCGUCGAGUUCUGAGUAAUGUUUGAAAAUAUUUCUCGUUUUCCAGUCUCGAAUCUUGUACUUCAAUCUCGUAUUCAUUAAUUUAUUUGUUUUUGUUCCAUUUUCUUUAACUUUUCUUCUUUUUUUGCAAUUUUUGCUUCAUCUUUUCGAUUUUUACGAGAUUUGUUCUUGUUUAUUCCUCCUUUUUUUGCUUUUUCUAUGUGUUUCCAUGUUUUUUUUUCUCAAAUUGAGUUAAAUUCGUUAUGAUCUCGUCGAGUUCUGAGUAAUGUUUGAAAAUAUUUCUCGUUUUCCAGUCUCGAAUCUUGUACUUCAAUCUCGUAUUCAUUAAUUUAUUUGUUUUUGUUCCAUUUUCUUUAACUUUUCUUCUUUUUUUGCAAUUUUUGCUUCAUCUUUUCGAUUUUUACGAGAUUUGUUCUUGUUUAUUCCUCCUUUUUUUGCUUUUUCUAUGUGUUUCCAUGUUUUUUUUUUCUCAAAUUGAGUUAAAUUCGUUAUGAUCUCGUGGAGUUCUGAGUAAUGUUUGAAAAUAUUUCUCGUUUUCCAGUCUCGAAUCUUGUACUUCAAUCUCGUAUUCAUUAAUUUAUUUGUUUUUGUUCCAUUUUCUUUAACUUUUCUUCUUUUUUUGCAAUUUUUGCUUCAUCUUUUCGAUUUUUACGAGAUUUGUUCUUGUUUAUUCCUCCUUUUUUUGCUUUUUCUAUGUGUUUCCAUGUUUUUUUUUUCUCAAAUUGAGUUAAAUUCGUUAUGAUCUCGUCGAGUUCUGAGUAAUGUUUGAAAAUAUUUCUCGUUUUCCAGUCUCGAAUCUUGUACUUCAAUCUCGUAUUCAUUAAUUUAUUUGUUUUUGUUCCAUUUUCUUUAACUUUUCUUCUUUUUUUGCAAUUUUUGCUUCAUCUUUUCGAUUUUUACGAGAUUUGUUCUUGUUUAUUCCUCCUUUUUUUGCUUUUUCUAUGUGUUUCCAUGUUUUUUUUUUUCUCAAAUUGAGUUAAAUUCGUUAUGAUCUCGUCGAGUUCUGAGUAAUGUUUGAAAAUAUUUCUCGUUUUCCAGUCUCGAAUCUUGUACUUCAAUCUCGUAUUCAUUAAUUUAUUUGUUUUUGUUCCAUUUUCCUUAUACCUUUCUCUCAUAAAUGCUUUCGAAUUUUUAAUAUGUUGAUUUUUUAACAAUUUAUUUGUUUUUCUUGCAAAUUUGCUUCGUCUUUUUUUUCUACGAGAUUUGUUCACGUUUUUAAGUUCCCAUUUUCUCUUUUUUGCCUUUUCAUUGUUUCUCCUCGUUUUAUCUCAAAAUUUGUCAAAAUCGUUUCUUAUCUCGUCUAAUUCUGAGUAAUGUUUAAAAAUUUCUCUCGUGUUUAAGCCUCGAAUCUUUUUUUUUAAUCUCGUAUUCAUUAAUUUGUUUGUUUUUGUUGUAUUUUCUUCAACUUUUCUUAUAAAUCCAUUCGAAUUUUUAAUAUGAUGUUUUUUUCUUAAUAAUUCACUUGUUUUUAUUUGUACAAUUUCUGUUUCUUUUAAUCUGCUCUCUCAAGAUCUGUUUCUGUUUAUUCCCUUUUUAACCUUUUCUUUGUUUCUCCUCGUUUUUUUUCUCAAAAUUAGUCAAAAUCCUUGCCCUUUUCGUCUAAUUCUCAAAAAUUUCUCGCGUUUCUCAGUCUCGAAUUUUGUACUUCAAUCUCGUAUUUAUUCAUUUGUCUCUUUUUGUUCUUUUUUCUUUAACUUUUCUUAUAAAUCCAUUCGAAUUUUUAUUAUGUUGAUUUUUGCUACGAGAUUUGUUCAUAUUUUUACGAUCUCAUUUUCUCUUUUUUGCCUUUUCUAUGUUUCUUCUCGUUUUUUUUUUCCAAAUUAGUCAAAAUCGUUUCUUAUCUCGUCAAAUUUUGAGAAAUGUUUGAAUAUUUCUCAUGUUUUUCAUUCUCGAAUCUUAUCAAUCUUUAAUAUGAUUAUUUUUCUUUAAUAAUUUACUUAUUUUUUUGCAAUUUUCGUUUCGGUUUUCCGGUUUUUACGAGAUUUGUUCACGUUUAUUCCCCUUUUUUAUGUUUUCUAUGUUUUUUCAAGUUUUUUUUUUCUCAAAAUUAGUCAAAAUCGUUUCUCAUUCCGACUAAUUCUCAUCAAAGUCUAAAAAUUUCUCGCGUUUUUCAGUCUCGAAUAUUUUUUUCUUCAAUCUCGUAUUUAUUCAUUGAUUUGUUUUUGUUUUGUAGUGAAAGCUUCUUCAAUCUGUUGAACCGCUUUCCUUUCUUCGUGGCAACCUUUUCUAUCCGCGACUCCUUCAUUAUCGUCCUUCUUCCACUAUUUGGCCUAUUUAAGUAAAUUUUUUUCACGAAUUCAGUUUAAAACCUCAUCUUCUCAUUUCGACCAUCAAACAUUCAAUUUUCUUAUUAUUAUGAUUGGAAUUAUGUUCUUUCUAUGAUAUGUUCAACAUUUUAAAGAUGUUUUUCUUUCUGUUAAUAUGUCUUUCGAUCUUGUUCUCAAUUCUCCCCAUUUUCGUUUUCCUUUUGUUUUUCUGCUCCUUUGCAAUAAAUGAUUGUUUCUAUUUAUUACAUUUGAUGAAUCCAUCUUCUUUUUUUCAUUUACCUUUUUUGUAACGUCUACAUUUUCGUCAUUCUUGAAAUUUAUUUUUACGAAUUUUCAGUUCCUAGCUGAAUUCUUGUAUUUUUUUUUCCUUUUCCCAAUCACUCCCAGUAUUUUCCAUAUAAAUUUUUCAGUUAUUCUAAUACGUUACUUCAGUCUCCGGAUUCGUUUUUCUUUUUCUAUACUCCAUCAAGUUAAAAAAAUUAUAUAUCUCCGAAAAUUUUCUUGUUAAAAUACAGAUUUUUCAAUUUCCAAUCGGUCAUUUUGUGUUUCUAAAAUUACUUUCCAUGUAGUUGACUAUUUUUUGCUUGCUACAUGAAUUAGAUUUUAUAAAACGUCAAUUUUGACAGCUUGACAUUUAAGAAUGCGGCCACCUCUAUUUGUAUUUAACGUGGACAUUUGACAUUUAGUAUUUAUAACCUCAAAAAAUGUAAAUUAUUUUUUUUUCAUAAUUUGGUGAAUAAUUGAAAAAAGAAGCUACAAUUUUCGAUUAUCUAAAAAUAAUUUCUUUAUUUAAAACAAAAAUUGAAUCAAAAACUUUGCUUAUAAAAAAAUUUCGGUAAAAUUGAGUUAAUUUUAAAAAAUGAUAAAUCAAUUCACUUUUGAAUACAUCGUUCAUACUGACUUUUUAAUCAUACCCCGUAUAUUUUUUUUCUAAUCAAUAUCAUACAAUUACCAAGGAUAAUAAAUAUUUUUCAAAUUCCCUUUCAGUUUCAAAAUCAAAAUUAUUUGUUGUACAUUAUAUUUUGUUUUUAUUUAAAGAAAAAUUUGUUAACGUUUCUGUAUUUAAAGUAUUGUUAAAUGUAUUUAAUUUGAAUGCAACCAAGGUGUAUUAUAAUGAUGUAAAUUAGUUAGUUUUAAGAAAAAUGUAAAAUAUCAUUUUACAAUUUUCAUUAAAAAAACUCAUAGUUUA